AUGGUACUGCAGAACGAGAGCUUCAACUACUCCAGCUACCCCGACAGCAACCUGAUGGACUCGUGGGGCUACGCUGACCUGACCAAGACCAAAGAGGACCUCGCGGCCUUCUCCUUCCUCUACGAGCAGUGCAAGACUCCAGAGGAGCAGAGAAUGACUGCAUGCAGCAAAGGCAGCAGUUUCUACAAGCCAGAGAGGAGCCAUGGCGCCUCCCCUGAACUUCUCUCCCUAGAGAGUCCGGCUCAGAUGAUGAAGCUGCUGACCAACGACAUUUCCGCCACACAUCCACAGGAAGUGCUGGACCUCAACAGGAAGUUGUCCCCGCUGUGCUCCCCCAAGCAGACCUCCUCUACACCUCAGACCUACAUCCAGCCCACCGUCACCGAGAGCUAUGACAAGCAGGUCAUCAACACCAUCUUCGACAGCCUGCUGCAGGGGACCUACCAAGAGAACACCACGGAAUCAACGGCGUCCUACGGUGAUCCAUUUGUGAACCAAACCAGCCCUUGCUACUCCGAGUCCUACACCAACUCCCCUCCAGAGAGAUUCGGGAAUGAUUUCCAGUUCGUCCUCGGGGCACCUCAGGCCUCCCAGCACAAGACGACGGAGGUGCCCAUGGUGUACCUGAACAAGGGUCAGUUCUACCCAGUCACCCUGACUGGUGUGGACAGCAGUGCCGGACAGCCCAUGGGAAGAGUCAAGACGGUCAUCAUGGCAGUGUUUGAGAACGACAAGACUCCAGAGGUGCAGCUCAAGUGUUGGAAUCACUGGCACACCAGGCAGCCAACCGUCAAGCAGAGGGUCAUUGAUAUCGCUGACUACAAAGACACCGUCAGUGGCAUCAGCGACGUGGAGGAAGUGGCGUUCAACGCUCUUUCUUUCGUCUGGAACACUAACGAGGAGGCCAAGGUGUUCAUCGGGAUCAACUCCCUGAGUACGGACUUCUCCGCUCAGAAGGGCGUGAAGGGCAUGCCGCUCAACCUCCAGAUCGACACCUACGACAUCAGCGGCGGCGCCAACACACUCAUCCAUCGUGCCGCCUGCCAGAUCAAAAUCUUCUGCGAUAAGGGAGCGGAGAGGAAAAUGCGAGAUGAGGAGAGGAGGAGGAGCAAGAGAAGGCCAAAGAAUGACUCCAGCCAUGCCAAACAGGGCCAAGUGAGCAGUUCCGUCGGAGUGGACAGCACCCGCCUCAUGCCAUUGGACGAUCAUGUGACUCCGCCCGUGCUGUUCAUCCCCGAGGCGCACUACAGCAACCUGCAGCGCUGUGGCAUGGCCUCCUCGUUGCCGGUGGAGGACGGCAACUCCCGGGGGACCCUGAAGAGGGGCAGAUGUUACUCCGAGGGGGGCGAGAGGUGCAGUCCUCCCCCCAGCAAAGUGGCACGACAAGAGGAGUCACAGAGAGUUCUGCUGUACGUGAGGAAGGAGACAGAGGAGGUGUUUGAUGCCCUCAUGCUGAAAAGCCCCACGUUGAAAGGCCUGCGAGAAGCCAUUUCAGAAAGGUAUGAUGUGCAAGAAGACAGCAUUGGGAAAAUCUUAAAGAAAUGCAAAAGAGGGAUCUUCGUCAACAUGGAUGACAACAUCAUUGAACACUACAGCAACCACUCGGCUUUCCUGAUCAACUUCAACGAGAUCAUGAUGGGUCUCUUUCACGUCAUCCUCACCGAGCUCUAG